AUGUGGCAGCUCAGAGCUUCCACCGCAGGGGACUUCAGCUUCAGCAUCCUUUGCCCGUCCUUGCUCACGACGAAACUGAAUACCGCGUCGAUUUCAAGUCAGACCUCGCCCGUGGCAUUGAACAAAGUCUCGCAAAGUCCGGGCUCGUACACAGGGUUCGCGGUCAUUGGAUGGCCUGUCAGGGCCUGUCGCUGGCCGCGUACUGCCGACGUCCGGAGCUCGUCUUCAAUCGGCUGCAAACGCGUCGCGGCGGACAACGGCGGAGCGCGGCUCGAGUCAAACUGGCUCGAUUCCGCAGCGGACCUUUCACGGAUACGCCGCUCGUGGCCCACACGGCUGACAGUGUCGAUGGCGUUGACGAGCGACGAUGAGAAGAAGGGGCGCGGACCUGGGAGGGCUAGAUCAGAACGGCAAGUGCGCUGGAGGGUGAAUGAAACAGCUCUACGUGAUGCGCUUCAGGGAGCAUUGCGCGCAGCGGAAGAUGGUGGGCCGGAGCAGUAUUCCUGCGUUCCCGGCGGCGAGCAUGAGGGAUGCGGCGGGUGCGGUGAGACGUCGCAGGCAUCCCAACUCCUGAAAAAGCCAGUAGACCUUCCCGAUCCGCGUGAAUCCAUGAACGCCGUCGGGGCCACUUGGUUCGCGGCGGAGUUUGGGGCCUGA